AUGUUGUUUAUGGAAAAGGAAUACAUGAUGAUGUACUAUAUUCAGGAUUUAUGGGCAACAUUUGGGAUUGGUAUGGAGAAGCCAAAAGUGCAGGCAAGUAAACUGUUCAAUUUUUUUCUCUUUAGUUUCCUUGUGUUUCUAAGGUACCAGAGUUACUACAGUUACCCCCUUGAGACUUACCUGGAGUACCCCAUUCUAAUUGCACAAGAUGUCAUACUCCUGCUCUUUGUUCUGCAUUAUAGUGGCAACAUGAAGCAAGCUUUGCCUUACGUAGUCAUAUUUGUGGGAGGAUGGUACUUUCUAACUCUUCAGAAAUGGGUAAUAGACCUGGCGAUGAAUUUGUGUACAUUAAUCAGUGCAGCAAGUAAAUUUGCUCAGCUGAGAUAUCUAUGGCAAACAAGAGAUUCUGGACAAGUGAGCGCCCUGACCUGGAGUAUGUCUACGUACACUUGUGCAACAAGAAUCGUUACAACUUUAAUGACCACAAAUGAUCCUAUGGUUCUAGUCCGCUUCAUAAUCAUGCUGGUUCUUAAUAUAUGGGUCACAGCCACAAUACUGCGUUACAGGAAGACGGAAAAGACUGAUUAGAUGACAGCUCUUCCCAGCUGCAACAUGGACCAAAAAAACCUCACAUAGUGAAACCUGAACAAGGGACUUCCAAAGACAGGCAACCUUCUGUGUGCCAUCUGCCUCAUAUUAUUCCCAAAAGAUUUAAGAACAGUGGUGUCUGUGUUUUAAUACACUUACUGCUACUAAAUGGAAGCAUAUUUUUUUAUAAGUAAAUUUUGUCAUUUCAGAUAGGUUUCAAAAGGUACCUGACAUUUUCUCUCGGGUUUUUUUUUUUCCAUAUUUUGAACUACGUAGAUUCCUUUCUUCUUUACUCCUGGGGGAAUUUUGUGUCAAAUUAAAAAGUCUCUGCACAGUAUUUUAAAAUACUGCCUAUUUUAUUUAAAAUAACACUAUAUAAUCAUGCUGGUUUCAGUUAUUUUGGUAAUUUAUUUCAAAAUACCGAUCAGCAACUAUGAUUCCCCCAGGAGCAAAAAAACACCCCAAAAAACCAAACAACCCUAUGACAACCCAGUUCCUGUUUCUCUGUUCCCUCCCAUGCAGAGCCCAGCCACAGGCCAGACACCCAAACCCCUCCCCCAGCAUAGACAUCUGCACUCCUUCCCACCAGAAAUCAGUGGGAGUGCUCCUCCUGCACCCAGGCAUGAGAUGCUACCAGUCGAGACAUACCCAGCUCAGAGACCAGCUACAUCUCACCCCCCCACCCCGAUCAGACAGCCGCAUUGCCUACUCUAGCUGCUGGGUAACCCACUAGCCCAUGCACCUGUAUGCCUUACCCCCUUUGGAUCUAGCUGCAUAGCCAGACACCCACACCCUCCCCCCAGAGUCCAGCUGUGAGGUCCCACAGCCCCAAACUCCCACACUCCUUCCCUGACCCCACCUGAGCCCAGUCACCAAGUUGAUACCUACACUACCUCUCUCAUCAAAGCCCAGCUGCAGGGCAUCUCCAGCCCAGACACCUGCACCUCUCUUCCCAAAGGCCGGUCAUAGUUUCCCCAAGCCAGACACCUGCAUUCCCUCCCUCCAGAGAGAGAAAUAGGCUGACACUGGGUCCAGGAUUUGUAUGAUAUUUCUUACGCUCUACUUCUUCCCUCAGGACAUGCUGGGAGCUGCAGCUGCUGGGUAUCCUUCAGCUCUAUCAAGUGUCUUCUAUUUGUGAGCUAGGGGCUGCUGAGUUUACUGGGGCUCUACAGCUCUAACUUUGCAUGGAAAAAAAAUUCUGCAUUGCAGGGCUAGAGGAUUUUGCUAAAAGUAUCUUUUGUUAACACACUAGUUCUUACAGACUAAGGUUCAUCUUUUCAGCAGCUUUCUUCGUUUAUGUAGGCAUAGUUUAGCUUCUCCAAAUUUUUUAGAUUUUGUUUUGCAGUUGUAUGACCACACUUCAUUACAUUAGUACAGAGGUCAGCAACCUUUCAGAAGCGGCAUGCCAAGAUGUAACAUUCACUUCUAUUUAUGGGUCUGCAUGCCGUCUAUUAAAUUCAAUAAUAGUCCUACGCAUAGCAGCUUCAUUAAUAAAGAUGCAGAUGUUACCAUUUUAGUAACACAGGAUUUUUAAAAAAAAUCACUAAGGUCAGAGUUUUAGAUAUUUGCAACACUUUAAAAAAAAUCAGUUAAAAGAAUCUUUUUCUUUCUUACUGUGGGAUACACAAUGUUAAUUCUUGGCUCCAUCACAGACUUCUUGAGUGAGCUCAGGUAAGCCCCCAAGAUUACAUCUACACUACAGCUGGAGGUGUAAGUUACAGCACAAGGAAACAUACAUACCUACCAUUAGCUGAGCUAGUGCACGGAGGGUAGGUCUAUACUGCUGUAAGGUGUGGAGUACACACACCUCCUGGUAGCAUUAAGGGGAGCUGAAGAUGCACUCAAAUGUCUGAGUGCAACAGAGCUGGUUGAAAUUUUUAAAGCUUUUAUUUAUAAAGGGAGCAGGAAAGGACUCUUUUCUAACACAAAACUAUCGCAUCCCAAACUGCUGACAUUGUCAAAAUGGUUCCUCUUGUGUAAAAAAAAUGCCAUGCUUUUUCACUAACUCAUACUUCAAAGUCUUUUAUAGCUAGUGUGUGCCAGUUUUUGGAGGGGCUUUUUGUAAAGGAAAAAUUUAACUAACUUCUUUGGAGGGCAGGGGGAAAUAGAAAAGAUGUAGGACAUUUUGAAAAAGGGGGGAAAAAUGAAUCCAUUUGGCACACUUUGAAAUGAAAACAAAUUCAUAAGUUUAGCCUUGGUUUUUCUCCUCUGUCAAAAUAGGUCAUCGUGUUUCAGCCAGUUCUGGUAACACAGGGAAAAAUCAUAAGUUAUGCUUUGGUUGACAAUUCCCAGCCUUUGGCUUUGUUUUUUAGACCUAGGCCCAGAUAUACAGUGGUAUUUGGGUGCCUGCAGAGGCAGAUACAUACCUAACCUGCUUUACACUCCAGAAAACCCCAGGGCUACGCCUAGACUGGCAUGAUUUUCCUAUUAAGGGGGGACAUGAUAGCGGUUUUCAAAUAUCUAAAAGGGUGUCACAAGGAGGAAGGCGAAAAUUUGUUCCUCUUGGUUUCUGAGGA